AUGGCCACGAAUCAACACAAACAAUGCAAAAAUGGAAUACAUAUACAUUCAGAACAAAACCGCACAAAUCACUUAUUUGAAUUUUAUAACGAAGUCGAGAACGAGUCGUGUAAAGAAUCAGAUGGAGGAUGGCAAAUCAGACAAGAAAUUCGAAACCAAUGGGAUGCCAUUCAUCAAGCAAUCGAUGAAAACAAUCCUGAACACCUGAAUAAUCUUCUCCCAUCAAAAAAUCUCUGUUAUUGCUAUGCAAAAUAUUGA